ACCCCAUCUUCUUCCUCGUUAAUCUCAUCCUAACUUCUUUGUUCUUCGAUGUCAACAAGUUUCGUUCAAUAACCUUAAUUAUUUAAUAAAUUCAUAUGUAUAUGUAUAUAUAUUAUAGUUGACGUCGUCAUGAUAUAUAUAUAUAUAUAUGAUAAUCUACCUUGUGGUGCUCCAAUUUUAUAUAUGAGAUUUUAAUAAGUUUGGAGGCUCCGAAAUAGAGAGAGCUCUGCGUUUUCGUUAUUGAUCAGCGCCCAAAUCCCGACACAACUACUGAUUGGAAGGCGGUUAUGUUUCCGUUUUUCCGUUAUGAUUGUCUCUGGUUCAUCUUCUUCUUCUUCCUCCUCUUCUUUUCCCGCCCUUGUUUUCCCGCCAGAAUGACGCCCGAAAUGGUGACUGUAACGACCAAUCAUACCCACAACGACGCCACGUGGCGGGACUUCUCGAGAUUCCUCCACGCCGAGAGAGGAAGCCAGGUCAGCGGCAUGUCGGAGCUGAAGAAGUACUUUAAUCACUUCGGGUACCUCUCUAAAACGACGCCAUUUAACUUCACGGAUGAGUUCGACUCCGAAUUCGAGUCCGCCGUCACGCUUUACCAGAAGAAACUCGGAUUAUCCGUCUCCGGAAAGCUCGACUCCGACACGAUCUCCACAAUCAUGGCGCCGAGAUGCGGCGUCAGCGACUCCUCCUCGCGUACCCUACACUCCACUCGUCACUUCGCUUACUUCGACGGCAAGCCAAGAUGGGUUCGCGACUCUCCGAUGAAUCUCACCUAUGCUUUCUCCCCAGACGCCAUGAUCACCCGUUUAAGCAUGCCGGAAAUCCGAACGGCGUUCGAGAACGCGUUCUCACGGUGGGCCUCAGUGAUUCCGGUGAACUUUCUGGAGACUUCAGAAUUAGAAGCGGCGGAUAUCCGGAUCGGGUUUUACUUCGGGGACCACGGUGACGGAGAGCCGUUCGACGGAGUGUUAGGGGUAUUAGGCCAUGCGUUUUCACCACAGAACGGGAGAUUCCAUCUGGACGCAGCUGAAACAUGGGCCGUUGAUUUCGAUCAAGAAGGGUCAAGAGUGGCGGUUGACUUGGAGUCAGUGGCUACGCACGAGAUAGGUCACGUGCUGGGGCUGGCCCACACGAGUGAUAAAGAAGCAGUGAUGUACCCGAGCUUGAGUCCGAGAACGAGAAAGAGAGAGUUGAAGAUGGAUGACGUGUUGGGAAUUCAAGCGUUGUAUGGGUCAAACCCAAACUUCACGUUUAGUUCUUUGUUGGAAUCGGAAAAUUCUUCCAACUUCGCUGUUCGUAUUGACGGUGAUUUGGCUCAGUGGCCCCUGCUUCUGGCUUUGGCAUUGUUCAUGUUAUUUUCAUGGACUUGAAAAAUUCUUUUGUAUUUUUGUUGAGGUCGAUAUACAGGUAGGCAUGUGUAUUUUUCAUUCUUUGGUUGAUAUUUGUAAAGCUGAAGUGAAUUAGAACAAUGAUUCACGCACAAUGGAAGGAUAUAGAAAUUAAGAAGGUUGAGUUACGCUAA